AUGCCACCCUACGCAGCGCAGCAGACACGAAACAUCCUCAUCAUCGGCUCCACCGGUGUAAUCGGAACAUACAUCACACGCGCCAUCGUCGAUGCAAGAGAGAACUUCGAACGGAUAUGUGUAUUGACCACGGAGAAGACUUUGGUAGAAAAAGUCCAAGAUAUUGCUGCGCUGGAAGCAUGGGGAGUGGAAAUAUUCACUGCUCGCUUGGAGAGCGAAAGGGCCGUCAAGCGGGCAUAUGAGGGUAUAGACACCGUCGUGUCUUGCGUCGGCCGCGCUGGAAUUGAGAAGCAGAUCAAUCUCAUUACGUGGGCCGAACAAGCCGGUGUGCGGCGGUUCUUCACCUCGGAAUAUGGCACCGACAUUGAAUAUUGGCCCGAGUCGGCCCAAGAGCCACCUCAUCAGCUGAAAUUGAAGGUCCGCGCGCACAUGAAGACGAUGAAGCGGAUAGAGCAUACAUACCUGGUCACGGGUCCUUACAGUGACCUAUAUUUCGGGACUAUGAAAGCCCGGCCAGAGUUGGGCGAGUUCGACGUCAAGGCGAAGAAGGCAGUGUUACUGGGCGACGGCAAUGGGCCGGUCAGUUUUACUGCCAUGGCAGAUGUCGGCAAGUUUGUCGUUGCAGCUCUCGUCAACACCAACGCGUCAAGGAAUGCCACGUUAAUAGUUCACUCAUUCACUGCGACGCCUCAUGAAAUCCUCGCCGAGUACGAAGCGCAGACCGGAACCAAGUGGGAGAAGUCGUAUACCUCGGUGGAGCGACUACGAGAGAUCGAAAAGGAAGAAUAUCAGGUCUACUCUGCCCUGGCGACGGUGGUGACGCUAAGGCGGAUCUGGACAGAAGGAGGAACCUUGUACAAAUACUACGACGAGACAAUAUUGGGACACAUUGAAACCGAGACCCUGGAGAGCCAGGUUGCGGCCAACAUCCGGAAACAAGAGGAUGGUGAAGGGAAUUUCCCCAGCUUGUUGCGGAAGUUGAGCCUGUUCUGA